AGCCGCCGCCCGCCGCCCGCGAUGGGGCUCCGCGCCGGGGGAGCGCUCGGGAGGCCCGGGCCGCACCGAGGGGCGCCCGAGGGGCCCGCCCAGGGCGGCAGCAUCCACUCGGGCUGCAUCGCCGCCGUGCACAACGUGCCGCUCCGGGUGCUCAUCCGCCCGCUGCCCUCCGUGCUGGACCCGGCCAAGGUGCAGAGUCUCGUGGACACCAUCCGGGAGGACCCGGACAGUGUACCCCCCAUCGACGUCCUCUGGAUCAAAGGGGCGCAGGGUGGGGAUUACUUUUAUUCCUUCGGGGGCUGCCACCGCUAUGCAGCGUACCAGCAGCUGCAGCGAGAGACCAUCCCCGCCAAGCUUGUCCAGUCCACCCUCUCGGACCUAAGGGUGUACCUGGGCGCGUCCACACCGGACUUGCAAUAACCUGGUUACUUGCCAGGGCGCCCAAGGGCCCAGAAGACACACGCAGCUUCCACCAGCUGGAUCUGAAGGAGGCAGAGCAGGGGGCCGGACUUUCCCGCCUGCUGCCAAAUCCCUCUCGGCUCUCGGACUCACCACUGAACAGCCUGGGGACCCCAGACCCUGCCUUGUGGCAGUGGGGCAUGUCCUGGCUGUAAACCACCCUUGAGGAUGGCACUGGGCACCAUGGGCUGCUGGCUCCAGACUCCCAAGGACAAGGUCCCCCCUUGCAUUUCUGUCUUUAACUGCCCCGGUGUGUGGCAUGCCCUCAGCUGUCAGUAAAGGGAACCCGAUGGAAGUCUGUUUUGCCAUGUAGUCUGAGUGCUGGAGACGGGUGUAGGUACAGCAUCUCAGAGGAGGUGGGGCCCGUCUCUGGGGUCCUUCUGCUCUUUCCUUCAUUUCCGGGUUCCAGGGUGACUGCUCUCCUGCCAGGAAUCAUGCCUGUGUCCUAGGAAGAUAAGCAGGGCGGGGAGGAGGACAGACCAAACCGGCUGGGUCUGUCACCUGACCUUAAGAGGCCUCUUUCCUGUUUGCAGCCCCUAAACAUUCCCUUGGCUCAAACCGAAGCCAUUGCCACCCCGAGCUGCAGAGCAAGCGAGGAAUUGGCAUACUUGAGUACAGUAACUGCUUCCUGGGGUUGGCCCCUGCCUUCCUGAAUUAAAAUUGAAAUCCCCCUGCUGAGAAAAACAAGGAGAAAUUGUGUCAGGUAACCUUUGCCAUGUAACAAACCAGCCCCAAAGUUAGCAGCUGAGAACCAGUUACCUUGGCUGGGAAGAGAGCUGAAGAGUUCAAGCCCAUGUGUGAGACCCCAAGUCGAUCCCCCGAACUACAUGGGCCUCCAGGUGCUGGCAGGUGUGUCCCUGGUGCUCCCUGAGCACUGCACUGCUAAAACUCGGGCAUUAGAACCAUUAGAAGGGGUGGAACAUCACUGGGGUGGCAACUAUGAAAGUAAUAAUCUGGUUUGUUUGUUUUGGGGUCACACCUAGCGAUGCUCAGGGGUUACUCCUGGCUCUGCGCUCAGGGUCCACUCCUGAUGGUGCUUGAGGGACCAUAUGGGAUGUAGAGGACCAAACUCAGGUUGCUUGCAUGUAAGGCAAGCGCCCUACCUGCUGUACUGUCACUCUGGCCGGGAAAUAAUAUUUUUAAUUUAAAAAUAUGUUUUUUUCCUCACAGUAUUGUGAGUUGGUGGUUUGGCUGGCCUCUUUCCAAUAGUUCUGCUGGCCUCACCACGGGCCACUCAUGGGUCUGUGUACCAUCAGCGGUCAGUGUCAGAUGGAGCUGGGCCUAGGGGAGCCUUACUCUGGGGUCCUGCUAUUGGCUGGGUGCCUUGGUUCUAGGUGACCUGCAGCAGAUGGACUGAGGCUCACUUGCGGGAUGGCCUCAGGGAUCCCAGAAAGGAAGAACGUGAAGACUUUAUAUGUUAUUUUGUUUUGGGUUUGGGGCCAUACCUGGCGGUGCUUAGGGUUUACGCCUGGCUCUGUGCUCAGGGAUCUCUUCUGGCAGGGCUCAGGGAACCAUAGGGAGUGGCGGGGAUCCAACCCAUGUGGCUGCAGGCAAGGUGAGCACCCUACAAACUGUACGAUUUCUCCAGCCCCUUACAGGCUUUUAAAAUUCUAGCCCCUGAAACCCGCCACAUCACUUUGCUAAGUUACUUCUGGCCAGAGCAAAUAAUAAGACUGACCCAGAUUCAGAGAGUGAGGAAAUGGGCCUGAAGGAGAAACUGCUGAAGCUCUGGGUCAUUUUCCAUCCCUCCAAGAUGAUGCUGUGUAAGCAAAUAGCAGUCUUGCUCACUGUUUCUCCUCAGCAUAGGGCCUUGCUCUGCCCAGACCGAAGUCACUAAGACAUUGUCCUGGCCCUCUAGAGGGAACGAGGUGGUGGGGCAGGGGGUCUCUCCUCCAGGGCCAGGCCCACGCUAGUGAGAGAAUCUCCAUCCUGAUGGGAUGGGACAGGGUCAGGCCAGGUGGGACAUUCCAAGGGAGCUUCUGAACUCAUGGAGGAAGAGGAGGAGGACGAGAGCAGAGUGAGGCAGAUGGCACAUACCCACUGCCCUGCUUGGGGAACGUGGUCACUUGGCAUUUGAAUAUCUCAGUCUGGCCAGCUCACUAUCCCUAAAUGCAGGAUGAUCUCCCAGAGUGGAUCAGAGCUGGGGGGCAGGGGCGUUCAUGGGAAAACCGGAAAUCUGAGUAAAGUCCACAUGCGAGUUUAUACACCGAUGUUGAGAAUGGGAACUCCCUGUACUAACUUUGGAACCCUACUGUCAAACAAAAAUCAUUCCAAAAUAAAGUUGUGACUAAGA